AAACAGAGGCAAUUUCGAGUCAAUUCUCCGUUGGAACGGUUCGCGUGCUUCUCGACUCCGGAAUUCAAUGAAAAGUUUCACACAAGUUGCAACGCUCGCCACCAAUUAAGUAGGUCUGGAAAAAUAAAUAACCAUACUGUAUAUAUAUUCAUCUUUGGAAUUCUGAAUAAACAAAACGCAUCGCAGCAAGGAAAAUAUAUAAGUUGUGCCCCAGUUGAAUUUGGCUUUUGUUUUUCUUGAACAUUGGUGUCGAAAGUGAAGGAAUUUGUGUGUCACUUCUACUAAAAUAGCAUACCAAAGAUGUCAGAGCCCGCAGCCCAACAACAGCAGCCGCAGAACGGCAAGGAGCGCUCCAAGUCGACGGAGGAGAAGGAGAUUCCACGGGAACCGGCAUUGGUCCUCAAAGACAUUGAUAUAAAGACUGAAUUAGAAAGCCUAGUGAAGCUGCUGGAUGGCAAGAUCUACAAGGAGGAGGAGGUGGCCAUGGAGGAGCUGCAUCAGUAUUUGAUCGAGGACGAUGGCUCCUGGGCGCUCGGUGACAAUUUUCUGGUGUUCGUGCAGCGCGUCCUGCGCGACGUUCAGGCCUUCUCCCCAGACACACGGAUACACAUGAUCCGCACGUUGGCCUACGCUGCUCUCAAAGACGAUGUGAUCAUCAUUCUGCACCAGGAUCGUCGUGAUCACACACUAAUGAACUUUGCCCAGGACAUUGAUAAGCACACACCCGAGGAGCAGCAGGCAUGGGCCAUGUUUAUGUGCAACUUGUUUGAGAACCUGGGUCCCUCCGAAUGGCUGCUCUACAUCUCCGAGUGGGAUUACAAUGGCCAGACCAUCUCCAAUAUCCGAGUGACCACAAAGGUGGCUGUCCAUUGCAUCCUUUCCAAUUGCCCGCAGCUGAAAAAUAUUGGCAGCAUGAUUCUCUACAAUAUUGCGAUCAAGGAAGUUAAGACUGUGGUUUUCGACGACAUCGCCGUGGAGCUGGCCAUGGCCAUUCUUCAGUUCUUCCAGAGCAGUCCCAACGAGGACCAGAUCUUCCGCACGCUGAAGGCCCUCGCCCGCUUCCUAGAGGUCUCGCAAGACGUGCCGAUGAUCAUUCAAAUGAUUGGACCCCAUCCAAAACAAUUUGCCGGCAAGAGCGAGCGCGUGGAUGAGCUGAUAAAGAUCAUCAGUCGCAAGGUGCCCGCCUAGGAGACUUCCAAGAAACAUAACCAUAGUUGCCCUCAUUCUAACAUCCAUAUAUUCUAGACCAUCCCCACACUUUUGUAAGGCAUUUUAGCGACACAAUAAACACUUGUACCCCUC